CCCUCCUCCAUGAAACCGAAAGAGACUCGCUCUCUGGUUGGCGGUACUUCCUUCCCUGGGUUAUAUGUUAAACGUGCUGUUGCCUUGUGCGAGCAGCUAGCUAGGUCAAUACGGGAAAGGGGGGGAGCGUGGAAAAGUAUUUGCAGCUGACUGAGGCCAACUGGGAAACGGUGUUCAUUCACUAGCUGAACGGGGAGGCGGGUAGCUAACGUUAGCAUAGCUAGCCGCAUCAAAGUGAACACUCCAAAGGAACUCCGACCUUUCAAAAGAGCCCCCGAACCGAACUAAAACCAUCUCGAUAGGUGGUCUGGGUUAGGUUCGCUUGGAUUCCUCUGCCCGGUUGCUUUUUUUAGAGCAUUGUGAACACGAAGCAUCUCAGUUUCAGAUUUUAAGAUGUCCCACUCGUCAUCACGUGGCUCCUCGCGCAACACUGACUGCAAGGUCUAUGUGGGUGACUUAGGCAACGGGGCUGCUAAGGGGGAGUUGGAGCGGGCGUUCAGCUACUAUGGACCUCUGCGCAGCGUCUGGGUGGCCAGGAACCCUCCUGGCUUUGCCUUCGUCGAGUACGAAGAUCCCAGAGAUGCUGAGGAUGCGACGAAGGGCAUGGAUGGCAAAGUGCUCUGUGGUUCUCGCAUAAGAGUGGAGUUGUCAACUGGCAUGUCUCGCAAGUCACGCUACGGCCGUCCCAGCCGUCGGCACUUCGACCCCAAUGACCGCUGCUACCAAUGUGGCGAGAGUGGCCAUUAUGCAUAUGACUGCUCUCGCUUUAGCAAGAGGGGAGGAGGCCGUCGCCGCAGCAGGUCCCGCUCACGAUCUCGCUCAAGGUCCAGGGGAAGGCGUUACCGCUCACGCAGCCGAAGCAACGACCGUGACCGGCGUAAUAGAUCCCCAUCAUACUCAAAGCGCAGAAGCAGAUCUGGGUCCCCAGCACGUUCCAAGUCCAGAAGUCCAGUGUGCAGAUCCAGGACCCCAGUCCGUCGGUCCAGGACUCCAGUGCGCAGAUCAGUAAGUCGCUCCCGUUCUCGCUCCCAUUCCCGGUCAGUGUCCCGCCCCAGGGCGCGGAGCGUCUCCAGAUCUCGCUCCAGGUCCCGCUCGGCCACCACCAAGAAGAAGAGCCGAUCCAGGUCUCCCAGCCAGAGGAAAAGCCCCAUACCUGAUGCUGACUGACCAUGGGGGUGAAACCGCUCCAUGCCCUGCUGUUCCCCUAUCCCCAUUUGCCUCAGGGCUUGAAGCCAUUUAACCCCUUUGUCCAUGUAUUUUUUCUUUCUCCUGUCAUUUAGUUUAUUUAUCCCUUGGUGUUCAUCCUCUGGCUUUGGCAUUAUUAUUUCAUCUGUAUGUACAACAAAUUCCCGAACUGUACAUUUCAAUGGCUCUUUUUACAGUGGUGAUGUUUUUAGCUUUCUGUGCAUUUUGAAUUUGUUAGCCUUUGGCCAGUGUUAAUGGCAUUUUUCUUUCCCUUUUCUGACAUAUUUGGCAAUAUAUCAGCUCCAGUCGAGUGCAUUGAAGUGUACUCAUAGCUGUACUAAAAGCAGAAUGAUUUAGGGUUUUAUUUCAUUUUCAAUGUAAAUGGCGCUAUCUUUUUAAUAAAAUGAAUCUUUACACUAGUAA